AUGCUACAAGGAAACAGCCCUCAGGAUCUGAUCCAGGCACUCCGCUCCGUCAACAGGGGUAUCCCUCCCAACUCCAUUCCUCCUGCCAUCCCUGACGAGAUCUAUCAUGUUGACACCCAACUCGACCCCGACACCCAAAAGGCGUUCAUUUUCUGGGACGAUAUCAUCCAAGCAUUUCAUAACGCAGUACAUGUCCGUCAUAAGACAAGAGUCGUUCCGUUCCUCAGAGGAAAAGACCAUUCGUUUCUUGAGCCUCGCAGGAUCGCCGCCUUGCCGAACAUCGUCUUGGAUGUGGUGGUAGAUACUCCAGUAACCAAUAAUGCGAGGGUCGUUUCUCCCCAGUACCGACAGGUCGAGCUUCAGCCAGUGCCACCGCAGAAUGGCAGCGCGAUAAAGGUGGAGAAUAUCUCCCAGAACUCCACAGCAGCAUCCAGUACUACGUCCAGCUCCAGCGUUGAGGUUGAGUCAAAUAUUACGUUCUCAUCCAGCACCCAUUCCACUGCAACCUCCACUGUCCGACGGAACUCAGUCUACGGCCUUGUAGAGGAAGCGAUGGAAAACUACACUCACAUCAAUAGACCCCUUGCUUUCCCCUCAGCUCGAGGGCCACAUGAAGUACUGGACGAUCAACCGCCCUUCAAGGAUCCUUUCAUCCCUCCUCACCCAGUCAACACCAGCGACUCUCAGCUGCAAGGACCGCAGAGCGUAUUCGCCAAUGUUCCUACGGAGAGGGAUAUGGUUCAGAUGAGCAUUAGCGCCAGUCACGGCGACAAGAACGCACAGGUGGCGCUUGGCGAUAUGUACAAGGAUGGCAAGGGGGUUGCGCAAGACUAUCAGGCGGCUAUAGAUUGGUACAUCAAGGCGACCGAGCAAGGAGACGCAGCUGGACAGCAGAGAGUAGGCGCCCUCUACGACGAAGGACUCGGUGUCUCCCAGGACCACUCAACAGCCAUGGAUUGGUACCUCAUGGCGGCCAAUCAAGGACAUGCUUCCGCUCAACACAGCAUUGGAGUUCUCUACAACCAUGGUCAAGGUGUUCCUCGGGACUACAAACAAGCGAUGGAAUGGUUCCUCAAGGCCGCCCAGCAAGGACAUAUGAGAUCUCAAUUCAACAUCGGCGUCUACUACAACAUUGGCCAAGGAGUUUCCCAAGACUACGCACAGGCGAUGGAAUGGUACCUCAAGGCCGCCAAUCAAGGACAUGCCGACGCUCAACACAACGUCGGCUUUCUCCAUAAGCAAGGUGAAGGCGUUCCCCAAGAUUACGCACAGGCGAUGGAAUGGUACCUCAAGGCCGCCAAACAAGGACAUGCUUCCGCACAAUACAAUAUCGGGGUUCUCUGCUACCAUGGCCGCGGUGUUCCCAAAAACUACGCACAGGCGAUGGAAUGGUACCUCAAGGCCGCCAAACAAGGACAUGCUUCCGCACAAUACAAUAUCGGGGUUCUCUGCUACCAUGGCCGCGGUGUUCCCAAAAACUACGCACAGGCGAUGAAAUGGUACCUCAAGGCCGCCAAUCAAGGACACACCGCCUCACAAUACAACGUCGGCAACUUCUAUUUGCAUGGUCGAGGUGUUCCGCAGGAUUAUACAAAAGCCGCGGAGUGGUUCUCUAAGGCUGCCGACCGAGGACAUAAGGACGCUAAGCGAGAAUUGGAAGCCUUGAAGAAUAAGGGUGUUGAGGUGAACUAA